CGACAUCAACAGUAGACACCAACUGAAUCAAAAUGUCUUGACCAAUCACGUGCUCGCUCGAGAGAAGGAGCGGGACAAUGACGACCAUGGUAUUUAUUACAUGGAUCCGCACGAUGCGCUUCCUGCUGUGCGUGGUUCUUUUCAGUAAUGCGAACGAAUCGCUCGGGUUCACCGCCCGUUCCGUGGCUCGGCGGCCUCCCUUCCGCGGUGGUGCCGCCCAAACGACACGCCUCCGCGCCUCCACCGAUUCACAGGAGGCCUUUCCCGUCCUGAAAAAGAUUGCGGGCUGCAACUGGGAAGGGUCCUGUCGCUACGUCAGCGAGGAUCUCAAGCCGGCGUCCUUCGAACUGACCGGGGGAAUCCGGUUCGACCUUCCCGGCCCUUCCGACGAUAACGAUAUCGUCGAAAUGAACAGCUUUAUCGUGUUCCCCAACGGGAAACGCCGGGACAUACAAAUGAGGUACGUGCCGCGACCACCAAUCCAUGAUCCGAACGAAACAACGAAUCGCGAGACCAACAGAAUGUGCACGCGCCGCAGCCGGCGUUGUCCAUGAACAAGUGUCUCCCUCCCUUCUUUUCGACCGAGCGUUCGAUGGAUCCAAUCCAAUGCAAUCUUAUCCAAAGGAAUACAAAUAUACUGGCACCAGUCUGAAGCGGAUUAGACCCCGUUACAAUCGUGUAGAUUCAGUUUUUAUUGGAAUUACCGUAUGAUGGAUAUAGCAAUGGAUGCAAAUCAUUUCGAACCGUUUGGAACAAAAUUGCAGGGGAGCAUAAGAAGCAACGGCAUGGUUUCGAUGAUUCGAAAGAAUCCAAUCCAAACCAAACCGAAACCGAUCUUAUCCAAAGGAAUACAAAUAUACUGGCACCAGUCUGAAGCGGAUUAGACCCCGUUACAACCGUGUAGAUUCAGUUUUUAUUGGAAUUACCGUAUGAUGGAUAGUGGUACCGGUUUCGUGGAACAACAGCACGCUGCUCUCUGUGUGGAUCUUUGGAAGAUCCAAUGCAAUGCGCAUGGUUCACUCACCUCUCGGUUCGAUGUUUUGUUUGUCUGUUUUUUCCUUACAUCGCCCAAUCACACCAACAGGGGAUCGCGGGGAUCGCUCCAACGCUCGUCGAUGCGCCUCGAAUCGACCGCCGGAGACGGACCCAUUUACACGAUAAUCACCGAACUCGGCCCCGAUACGGUCCUGGUCAACGAGGUCAGCAAAGAGACCGGGAUGGUGGUCAUGACGUCGAGUUUGUCGCUCGUUGUUCAAGACGGCGACGGGGGCGCCGCCACCGAGCUGAUCCAGGUUUCUCACGAGGUCGGGGCUCCCGCGGCGGCAAACAAGAGCGCGAUGAUCGAGGGGCACCAGGUAUGGAGGUUUUCCAAGCAAGACGAGUCGUCUUGGGAAUAAGGAUCCAAUCGACUACCAAGACACGCUGCUGAAUGUUCCGAGCUUGGAUUGCUUUUCUCAAAAUAUAAUUCAAACCGAAUG